CAAUUUCCAGACAUCCUAACAGUUCUCGCAGGCGAAGCAAUUCACUCGCAAUUCUUCGAGUCCAAGGCAUGGCAUUCGGUGCACAUAGUGUUGACUAAUCUAAUGCAGGCAGAAAUUUAAUCCCACCUGCAGACACAGGCCGAUUGUUUUGCAUUCAGUCCGCCUGUUUAUGUCUGAGUGGGGAGCGCACCGCUGCCGCCGCCGCCUGGCCAUCCAGCGAACUCUGGCUAGUGAACCGCUCGUCACCGCUAACAGCAGUAAAUGGCGGAGAAGCUGCCCGGUCUCGGCCUCUACCUCAGCCCCGGCAACGUGCUGCUCAGUGGGGGCAGUAUGGACGCGGAGAAGCUGCAAGCAAGUGGAAAAUCAUUUGAGAAUAUAGAACUUGGAGACGUGAGCACAAGGAAACAAAAGGUUCCUCGGAGAAUCAUUCACUUUGCAAGUGGCGAAACAAUGGAGGAGUAUAGCACUGAUGAAGAAGAGCCGGAAGAAGAUAAGAGAGAUUUGUUGCCUACAAUUGAUGUGAGCAAACUUCCAUGGGGCCCAUUUCUGUGGUUCUACAUGCUAAGAUUUGCAACAGGAACACUAUCUGUGUGCGACUUCUUAGGAGAAAAAUUAGCUUCCCUUUUUGGUAUAAAUGCACCAAAAUACCAGUAUGCUAUCGAUGAAUACUAUAGAAUAAAGAAGGAGGAGGAGGAAGAAGAGGAAGAAAAUAAAAUGUCAGAAGAAGCUGAAAAGAAUUUCCAAGAACAAAUGGAAAAGCAGCAAGAUGUAGUCAGUUCACAUGAGGGUUUGCCAGCGGUUAACGCAUCAUUUGUAAAUGUCAGUUUUGAAAUAGAAAAUGAUCCUACACCUAUAACGGAAACCAAACAAAGAGGUGAUCCUAUCCCUUCUUAGAGGAAGCUCUACAAAAGGAGGAUAAACAGGCACUCAAGUUCAGCACUCCUCCCCUCCCCCCCAAAAACAGGCCUUAAUUCACUGAUUAAAAUGCAGCUGUGCCUUGUUAAAGUCAUUCACUUUUCACCUAAUUUGACCUUCUGUCAUGAAUCUGCUAUUAUAAUAAUACUGCACAUCAGGUGUUUAUUGUUUAAUCUAUAUAAUUACAUUAUUUAUUUGUAGUUUGUUCUUUAUAAAUAAAUUGUCUAUUCACUUUUGUAAAUUACAAAACUUUAAUAAAAUUUUACGCAAACUAUUG